AUGAAGCUAGUCCAACUCAUCCGUCAAUGGUGUCGUGACAACCUUGUCUUCACGAAGUCCAUCGUUUUCAUCUUAGGCCUAAUAUUCAGCUACAAGUUGGUGGAGAAGACGUUUCUAGAUAUCUUGAUCACGCGCAUCACCUACGAGUGGAAGGAUUACGACUUCCGGCAGGCUGUCGUGGUCGUCAAUUUGCAGGAAGGAACAGCCAAGCUUCUGGUGAUGUUCUUCGCUUACCUCGCUGACGUUCACUCCGGCCACUUCAAAAUGGCGGUUUUCUCCACCGCAGUUUGCAUCAGUGGAUUGUCUCUCAACGCUCUGGCAGCUGGAGACGACGAUGAAUCGCUUGAGCUUCGUCUGUUCUACCCUGCAUUGGUGCUCCUGACUCUGGCGGAAGCAGCGCUGCCAUUCACACUGCGAGCAUUUCUUGACGAUCAGCUGCGGCCGAGGGAUCUCACCGCAGCCGCCCACCUCACGGAUGAGAGACACAGCAUGUUCUGGUGGUACUUUGUCGCCUUUGUUGCCGGCAUUUUCGCUCAGUUUGGUCCUAUAGCGAAAUUCAAGUUUACGGAACUCGCACUAGUGUUAGCUGCCAUGGUGGAUUUUUGCUUCAUAUUGUUCUUGCUGGGUACCAGAUACUAUUUCUUUGCCCCCACAAUUCCGAACCCUUUCAGAGAUGUUGGAUCCGUCAUCGUCAAAGCUGUCGUGAAGAGAAAAGUCGACUAUCCGCAAACUCCAGAUGGCGAUCAGCAUAUCCCGCCUCGUGUUUCAUGGUUAAGGUGGGUAGACAGAGCGGCGGUGGGACGAGGAAUCCAGCUGGGGAAGGUCGACGACCCUUCCACCGUCGAACAAGUGAGGAGAGUGAAGCUUUUGUUGAAGAUGCUCCCAUUAUGGUCUUGUUUCCUCACCUUGAGCCUGGUUGCCGCUUCCGGCAGCACCUUCUUCUUCGAAGAAGCCUACAGCCUCGACAAGGUAAGCAUACGCGACAUCAUCUUCUUCGCCAAUCUACAGAGGUUCACUGAGUUAGUAGUCUCGGUAAUAUCCAACUACACAGUGGAGCGUCUGAAACGUUACAGUGAGCAGAAAAUGGAGCUGGUGAGAAUCGGAAUCGGGAUGUUUUGCUGCACGCUGUGCUGUGUGGUGGCCUGGGCCACCGCAGCAGCACAAAGGCAGCGCGAGACUGACAUAGGCAUGUAUUGGCUAACCCCGCGCUACUUGCUGUUGGGGAUAACGGCGGGACUCACCGGAGAUGGGCUGCAACUGUUCUACAAAUCUCAGGUUCUGGAGAGUUUAUUCAGAUUCGUGCCGCCAUUUGUGGAGUUUGUGACGGGGGUUGGUAGAUAUCUGAGCAUCGUUUGCGUUGUUAUCUUCAGCAGAAAGCCGUUCGAGUGGUUUCAGAAGGAUCUAGAAGAUAGUCGCCUCGACAAGUAUUAUAUUUUUUUGGGGUGUUUGAGUUUUGGGAAUUUUGUGGUCUACUGUUUGGUGGCGCGGUGGUACGGAUACGACAACCGUUGGUCGAGUUAG